AUGGACUUCCUCGGAGUUACAGCCUUGCUACUGUCAGCAUGUGUGAUUUUCCUGCUCUUUAAUUUAAUACAAGGCAGGAAAGAAAACAAGAUAAGGCUGCCCCCUGGCCCCACUCCUCUACCUCUUUUGGGGAAUAUAUUACAGCUCAGUGGAAAAGAGGCAUUCAAAUCCUUUAUUAGGGUGAGUAACGGGACUGUGACAUGUUUAAAGGUGUAUUCAACUAAAUAUACCUGGUGGGUUUAUAUUAUUAAGGGGACACUCCAGGCUCCCACAUAUGUUAGGUGCACUGUGUAGGUUGGGAUACAGUUAGUUAUACUGGGUGGGUUUAUAUUAUUAAAGGGACACUCCAGGCUCCCACACACGUUAGAUACACUGUGUAGGUUAGGUUACAGUUAUACUGGGUGGGUUUAUAUUAUUAAAGGGACACUCCAGGCUCCCACACACGUUAGAUGCACUGUGUAGGUUAGGUUACAGUUAGUUAUACUGGCUGGGUAUAUAUUAUUAAAGGGACACUCCAGGCUCCCACACACGUUAGGUGUACUGUGUAGGUUAGGUUACAGUUAUACUGGGUGGGUUUAUAUUAUUAAAGGGACACUCCAGGCUCCCACACACGUUAGAUGCACUGUGUAGGUUAGGUUACAGUUAGUUAUACUGGGUGGGUUUAUAUUAAUAAAGGGACACUCCAGGCUCCCGCACACAUUAGAUGCACUGUGUAGGUUGGGUUACAGUUAGUUAUACUGGGUGGGUUUAUUUUAUUGAAGGAACACUCCAGGCUCCCACACACAUUAGAUGCACUGUGUAGGUUAGGUUACAGUUAUUUAUACUGGGUGGGUUUAUAUUAUUAAGGGGACACUCCAGGCUCCCACACACGUUAGAUGCACUGUGUAGGUUAGGUUACAGUUAUUUAUACUGGGUGGGUUUAUAUUAUUAAGGGGACACUCCAGGCUCCCACACACGUUAGAUGCACUGUGUAGGUUUGGUUACAGUUAGUUAUACUGGGUGGGUUUAUAUUAUUAAAGGGACACUCCAGGCUCCCACACACAUUAGGUGCACUGUGUAGGUUAGGUUACCGUUAGUUAUACUGGGUGGAUUUUUUUUUUUUUUUUUAAUUAAUCAUCUUUAUUUACUAAAUAUAACUAUCUUUUGUCCCUAGUAAGCAACCUGCAGUGUUUCUCCUUUCUCAGUCCAAAAAAACUUAUUUUGCAGAAUGUUAAGACUUUCUAUAGUACAAAGAUGACAAAUAAAAUGUAUCUCCCCAUAAACCUUUGUUGUUCAUGAUUAUGUAUCUGGUAUGAUUGAGGAUAGAAAACAAAGUGGGUAUCAGGACUGGCUUUAUUGUUAAGAACCUGCCAAAAGAUGUGAUUUAAAUUCUUAUUUUUUAUUGUCAACUGAUUUUUGUUAAGAUUUUCAAUGCACUUUCUAAAUAAUGGAUUCAAAAUGAGUAAAUUCCCAUCCUGAAACAUCCCUAUAUUGAGUUAAAGAUAUAAAGGAUACAUUUAUAAAAAUGAGUAAUACAUUUGAUUAUCUAAAAACUAUGAACUCUAUUAACCUCCUCCGGCAGCUUGCCGAGCAGUACGGUCCGGUAUAUACCGUUUACAUGGGGAUGGAGCGCGUUGUGGUGCUCUGUGGCUAUGACGUGGUGAAAUUGGCUCUUAUUGACAAUGGAGACGUAUUUAGUGGCCGGGGGCACAUGCCACUGCUAGACAAGAUGAGCUCUGGAGGUCAUGGUAAGAACAAACCUGAUCCUUUCUUCUCUAAUACUAAGCCAGACUUCUUAAAGGUACAUUUUCCUGCCAUUUGGUUCACAGAUUAAGCGGGAAGGGGGCGGUAGGGGGUGGUAAGGGGGUGUGACAGAGUAGGUGGUGGUAAGGGGUGUGACAGAGCAGGGGGUGGUAGGGGUCUGGGGCAGGGGGCGGUGGGGAUGUGUAACAGGGCAGGGGUGAUAAGGGGGUUGACAGGGCAGGGGGUCUGUGAUAGGAUACAGGUGGUAGGGUAUCUGUGCCAGGUAAGGGGGGCCUGUGACAGGGAAGGGGGUGGUAGGGGAGUGGAGACUGUGACAGGGGAGGGGGUCAAAAAUUCAUUUUUAUUAAAUGUAUUCCCUGGUGGUCCGGUGGGCUGGCUGUAUCCCUGGUUGUCCUGUGGGCAGGCUGUAUCCCUGGUGGGCUCCCUUUUCGCCAGGUGCAGAGCUGCAGACCACGUGGUAAGUUUCCAGUCAGAGCAUGGCCGUGGUAACCCGACAGAGCUGCAGACUGAAGGCUGGCUCUCUCCUGGGCAGACUUACUGGAGGGGUCUCGCACCCAGCGGCAUUAUAGGCAAGCCGCCCGGCCCCCUCCUGUGUCGGGCCCUGGGUCAUAGGCCAAAGACCCAACAUGUCAGUCUGCCCUAUGGCGAUUUAGGAGGCUGCAAAGCCCCAGACCAUGCAAGGCCUUAGGUAGUGGCCUAAAUCGCCUAAUUAGAGAGCCACCUCUGUCUCUAAUGCUAACUCUCUAGCCCUAAUCCUAUAACACUGACCCUCUAAUGCUUACCCUCUAACACCAGCUAUCUAACUCCAACUCUCUAAUACUAACCAUGUAAUACUAACUCUUUAAAAAACUGUCAUGGGUGGCGUCUGGAAACUGUAUGCCUGAUGAUGGUAGGAGUCACAGCAUGGAAAUGAACUAUAUGGAUCUGGUGCAGGGUAACCACACGCCCCCUGCCAGGGCACUGAUGCAGCUUCUGUGGAUCCCAGGAGCUUGAUAUUUUGCAGAUAUGGGUCCAGUGCUAGAAACAAGGUAAGACUAAAACAGACACCAAACAAGAUAAGACAAGACUAGAAGAACCCAGAACCAGAGCAGGACAGAAAGUAGAACCCAGAACAUGUACACAAUACAUGAGGGAACAGGACAUGGACUGUACAUGAACUGGGAAUACAAUACAAAAAUAAAACAAGACAAGAGAUACAAGGCAAAACAAGAGGAGACAUAACUAAGUACUAUAUAUGUAAUAAACAUUGGAGAUUUAGACAUACAUAAAUGGCCAAGAUGUAUGCAGCCCACCAAAGUACUCCAAUUAUGGUGGGUCCUAAAUGCUUAGAUAUGUAUGACUAAAUAAACAACAAUAAAACACACACAGCACUUACCUGCAAGGAAAGGAGCAGAGGAAUGAGACCAAAGUUUGCAAGAACAGACUGAAACAAAAAGGAUAAAACGGGCGUGGCAACAAAAAACAAACAUUUAAAGGAAUCCAGGAGACUGGGAAUUCCAGAAACGGAAUACAGGAAUGAACCCAGAAACCCAGCAUAAAGAAAACCAGACAUAGAAUAGAAAACCAGAAAAACAAAGAAAAACUAAACAAGAAUUGUAAAAAGAGUACUGGAUACCAGAAGGCAAUGCCAGAAUGAUUCGUAGCUAGGAACAGGAUGUGACAAACACUAACUAUCUAAUGCUAACUAUCUAAUACUAUCUAAUGCUAACGAUCUAAUGCUAACGAUCUAAUGCUAACGAUCUAAUGCUAACUAUCUAACGCACACUAUCUAAUGCUAUCUAAUGCUAACUAUCUAACACUAACUAUCUAAUACUAACUAUCUAAUGCUAGCCAUCUAAUGCUAGCUAUCUAAUGCUAGCUAUCUAACGCUAGCUAUCUAACGCUAACUAUCUAACGCUAACUAUCUAACGCUAUCUAACGCUAACUAUCUAAUACUAUCUAAUGCUAACUAUCUAACACUAACCAUCUAAUACUAUCUAACGCUAGCUAUCUAACGCUAACUAUCUAAUGCUAACAAUCUAAUACUAUCUAAUGCUAACUAUCUAAUGCUAACUAUCUAACGCACACUAUCUAAUGCUAUCUAAUGCUAACUAUCUAAUGCUAACUAUCUAACACUAACCAUCUAAUACUAUCUAAUGCUAACCAUCUAAUGCUAACCAUCUAAUACUAUCUAAUACUAACUAUCUAACGCUAACUAUCUAACGCUAACUAUCUAAUACUAUCUAACGCUAGCUAUCUAACGCUAACUAUCUAACGCUAACUAUCUAAUACUAUCUAAUGCUAACUAUCUAAUGCUAACUAUCUAACACUAACCAUCUAAUACUAUCUAAUGCUAACCAUCUAAUGCUAACCAUCUAACGCUAACCAUCUAACGCUAACCAUCUAACGCUAACCAUCUAACGCUAACCAUCUAAUAUUUGUAGAUUGACCCCAGGUUACUGAUCAUACUGAAUUCAAUAAAACUAUAAAUAGGGAAGGGGUAUAUGAAACUGCUAUCAGACUUGCUUCAGUAUAAUUCAGUGUAGUUCAGUGGACUGUGAAUACGAACAUAAAUGAACAAAUGCUAUAGACUGAGGUUGUUAAAGGUCUUCACAUUAUAAUGUUAAAUACUUAGCUACAGAGGGAGAUACUUCGUCUCUACCUAAAGAGUAAUAAAGUAACUCCACAGAGAGAGAGCAGGAUAAUAAUUACUAGAUAGCAACGCUAAACUAAAAUAUGUUAUCCUGCUGGUGAGCUGGUGGUUAAAAGGAUGGCUGAUUAUGGAUAGUAAUGAUUAACAGAGUAGGCAAACAGUGAUCUGUAACCGUGUAGCAAAAAAUAAAUAAAGUAUCAUAUCCUCUAGUAAUCACCUGUAUAAAUAAAGUACACCCCACUAGAAUAAUUCACUCUAGAAAAAAAAAUAUUAAAUCACAACCUGAUCUCGAGAUCAACAGUAAAAGCCUAUUACAAACCUUGUAUUACUGAUUACUAUAUAUGGACUAGUACAAAUCCCUUUAUUGAACUAAUCACAGAAUACCUGAGUGCUAAGAGGCAAACUCGACCAUAACAGUAAUAUGGGCGUGAUCUGACAGAAUGCUAAUCGGUCUAUGCUAGCCAGCACUGCAAUACCCAUAUCCCCACAUUAUAGGAGCUUCAAUCUUUAAAUCUUUUGUUUGUUUGUUUUAAAUGGGUUUAUGGGGUUGGUCCAGAAGAGCAGCAGGGCCUGCGUUGACUGUCAUUAUUUCCUGUUCUGUCCUCUUCGUUACAUUAGGUAUCGUUAACAGUAACGGUGAGCGCUGGAAACAGCUGCGGCGAUUCUCUCUGAUGACGAUGAGAAACUUUGGGGUGGGGAAGAGGAGCAUUGAGGAGAGGAUCCAGGAAGAAUCUUAUUUUCUUACUGAGGAAUUACGAAAGACCAAGGGUGAGUAAAUUACAAUUAAAAUUGAUAAAUAAGAUCUCUCCCUGCGUAUUGGACCAGUCACAGAAAUUGAAAUAUAGAAGGAUUGGCUGUAUUAUGGAUCAAAUAACAUAUAACCGGCACAAUCAGAUUAUAUCUCAGUUACAGUAUCUCACAAAAGUCAGUACACCCUCACAUUUUUGUAAAUAUAUCUUUUCAUUUGACAACACUGAAGAAAUGACACUCUGCUACAAUGUAACGUAGUAAGUGUACAGCCUGUAUAACAGUGUAAAUUUGCUGUCCCCUCAAAAUAACUCAACACAGCCAUUAAUGUCUAAACUGUUGGCAACAAAAGUGAGUACACCCCUAAGUCCAAAUUGGUCCCAAUUAGCCAUUUUCCCUCCCUAGGGUCAUGUGACUCGUUAGUGUUACAAGGUCGCAGGUGUGAAUGGGGAGCAGGUGUGUUACAUUUGGUGUAUACUGGCCACUGGAAGUUCAACAUGGCACCUCAUGGCAAAGAACUCUCUGAGAAUCUGAAAAAAAUUGGUCUGCAAUACUGUCAUCCCAGAAGGAAGCCUCUUCUAAAGAUGAUGCACAAGAAAGCCCACAAACAGUUUGCUGAAGACAUGCAGACUAAGGACAUGCAUUACUGCAACCAUGCCCUGUGAUCCAAUGAGACCAAGGUAAACUUAUUUGGUUCAGAUGGUGUCAAGUGUGUGUGGCGGCAACCAGGUGAGGAGUACAAAGACAUGUGUGUCUUGCCUACAGUCAAGCAUGGUGGUGGGAGUGUCAUGGCUUGGACCUGCAUGAGUGGUGCCGGCACUGGUUAGCUACAGGGAACCAUGAAUGCCAACAUGUACUGUGACAUACUGAAACAGAGCAUGAUCCCCUCCCUUUGGAGACUGGGCAACAGGGCAGUAUUCCAACAUGAUAACGACCCCAAACACACCUCCUAGACGACCACUGCUUUGCUAAAGAGGCUGAAGGUAAAGGUGAUGGACUGGCAAAGCAUGUCUCCUAAACCCUAUUGAGCAUCUGUGGGGCAACCUCAAAUGGAAAGUGGGGGAGCGCAAGGUCUUUAACAUCCACCAGCUUCAUGAUGUUGUCAUGGAGGAGUGGAAGAGGACUCCAGUGGCAACCUGUGAAGCUCUGGUGAACUCCAUGCCCAUGAGGGUUACGGCAGUGCUGGAAAAUAAUGGUGGCCACACAAAAUACCAACGGAUUAAAGUUAUUGAGUUAUUUUGAGGGGACGGCAAAUUUACACUGUUAUACAGGCUGUACACUUACUACUUUACAUUGAAGCAGAGGGUAAUUUAUUCAGUGUUGUCACAUGAAAAGAUAUAAUAAAAUAUUUACAAUAUGUGAGGGGUGUACUCACUUUUGAGAGAUACUGUACAUUAAAGAAACACAUCAAACACGGAUGGUUUUAAUCACUAAAUACUGAUUUGAUUUGAUUCCAAAUGGAUUUGGUGAAAAUGACCAGACUCUAAACAGAUUUGUAAUUCUUGUAUUUACAGCUUUAAAAUCGAUGUUUUCCACAUGCAAAUUCUGUACAAAGUAUAGGGCAUUUACAAUACAUCAAUUUUAACCAAAGACUGGACCAAACAAAUGUGGUCAUUGUAACUCGCUUGGCUUUUGGGAAGUGAGUUCUAAACCCCAGACUAUUUGGUCUGCAGACAAAUAGUUAGAAAAAAACUUCAUCAGCUCAUGGAUUUAAAAAAAACAAAACCAAAAAAAGCUACAGUCCCCUGAUUGCAUAAACACUCCUCCCAACUAAGACUUUGGCAACAAGCAAUGGAUGAGACAUUUAGCUUGGUUUUCAGAGAAAAUGCAGUGUUUACAUUACAACCAAGGGAUACCUCCACUGGCCACUCCUCCGAUGGCUGCUAUAGGGGCUUCCUGGGGCAGUGCUGCACAGUGUGACUGACAUUCAAUGUCUCCACCCUCUGCAUGGAGACACUGAACCUUCCUCAUAGAGAAGCAUUGAUUCAGUGUGAUGUUCACACACGAAAAGGACAAAGCACUAUUGCAGAUAAUUUGACUGUAACACCAUUAUACUUUAUUAUAAUGAGCAAUGUUCACUUACCUUAUAUACUUACCUUUAUGUUUUAUUGAUCACACCUAGGACUUGUUGUCCUGUUCACUGGGUCUGGUCACCUAUCAUAAUGACCUUUAAUCACUCCAAGUACCAUAACCUGGAAAAGGUUUUGUAAAAGUGUGUUUGUAUAAUUAUGUUUUGUUUUGCUUCACCAGGUCAACUCCUGGAUCCCAUCUUCUAUUUCAGCAAAGCUGUGUCUAAUGUCAUCUGUUCAGUGGUUUUCGGAAAUCGGUUUGAAUAUGAAGACAAGAAUUUUCUUAUACUUUUAGGUCUAAUAAAUAACAUACUUAGAGGAAUCAGCUCUGUUCGGGGACAGGUGAGCACUAAUGAUCUUAGGUGCUGUCCCUUUAACCCAUUAAACAUGUCACUGUCAUUAGGUCACUUUGCUCCUACAUAGGACUGUCAUUUUAACCCAUUAAACAUGUCACUGUCAUUAGGUCACUUUGCUCCUACAUGGGACUGUCCUUUUAACUCAUUAAACAUGUCGCUGUCAUUAGGUCACUUUGCUCCUACAUGGGACUGUCUCUUUAACCCAUUAAACAUGUCACUGUCAUUAGGUCACUGUGCUCCUACAUGGGACUGUCCCUUUAACCCAUUAAACAUGUCACUGUCAUUAGGUCACUCUGCUCCUACAUGGGACUGUCUCUUUAACCCAUUAAACAUGUCACGGUCAUUAGGUCACUUUGUUCCUACAUAGGACUGUCCCUUUAACCCAAUAAACAUGUCACUAUCAUUAUUUAACUUUGUUCCCACAUGGGUUUGUCCCAUGUAGGACUGUCAAAAUCCAGGGUUCUACCUGGGUCCAAAAACUGAAAUUAUUUUGUGCACCAAACAAAUAGAUUGCCGUGACAAACGAGUGGAUUGAACUACAUCUUUCGUCCCUUGGACAACUAGAUGUUUUAUAAAUUUCACACCCCUGUAAAUGUAAAUAAAUCUUCUUUUCAUAAAGUAAUUCCAAUUUAUCUCUUAUAGUUGUAUAAUGUGUAUCCAAAAAUAAUGAGGGCAUUCCCAGGACCCCACCAGACCUUUUGCAAAUCAAUUGAUGGGCUUCAGGAAUUUAUUGUUGAAAGAGUCAAAAUGCACCAAGAGACCAUGGACCCAAACUCCUCCAGAGACUUUAUCGACACUUUCCUCAUGAAGAUGGAACAGGUGAGUCUAACACAAGUUUGUAAACUUUACAAAUUGAUAGACAGAGAUAUCUGGGAACUGUGACAGCUGUGGGUGGUCUCUGUAUUAUGUAAAUAUAUACAAUUUACAGAAUAUGACACAUGAUGAUACCAUACAAGUGAUACAAUUAAAACUGGCUUUAUCAUUUCAGGAGAAGACAAUACCAAACUCUGAGUUUCAUAUGGACGCUCUUGUUAAGACCACACUAGAUAUGUUUGUAGCCGGCACAGAAACAGUCAGUACUACCCUACGGUACGGCCUGAUGAUCCUUCUCAAGCACCCAGAUGUGGAAGGUGAGUACUUUAUGGACAUCUGCUGUAUUUCUACAGUGCAGACCUUCUGCUGUCGUCCGGUGGCCAUCACUGACCGUCUAAUACACACUGUGCAUUUAGUUACAUGAAUAUUCAAUAUUUAUACCAGCAAUAAAUGAAAAAUUAUUUGAAAUUAUCUGUGAGAUAAUUGCAUUAAAACUAAAUGUUAGCUAUUUCUCUUGCUGUUUUUUUAACCCCUUCCCGACGUUAGGACGUUCCAUACCAUCCUAAAAAUGGUGGGCUUCAACACUGUUAGGACAGCAGGUAAUGCCCUGCAGUUCUGGUGUGAGAAUGGUUAAAUCCAGCAAUUAAGCUAUUUAGUAGAUGGCUCCCUAAUUUGGAAUAUGUGGGUAUCACGUGCAUUCUAUAAACAUUCUAAAUAUGUGUAGUACAUACUUUCUAUCUAAAAUACUCAUGUAUAUAGAAUGUUAUGCUGCAUUUAUAUAGAAUGUAUGCGCUGCGUAUAUAUAGAACGUAUGCGCUGUGUGUAUAUAGAAUAUGUGAUGCGUGUAUAUAGAAUAUAUGUGAUGAGUAUAGUUAGCAUAUAUGAUGCGUGCAUACAGAAUGUAUGUGCUGUGUGUAUAUACAAUAUAUGUGAUGUGUGUAUAUAGAAUGUAUGGUGCCUCUACAGGCACACAAGUAAUUGUGUUUUCCCUUCGAAUGUACUGUGAAUAUAGGUUCUGAUUGUCUUUUUGUACAAAAUUCCAAUAGAAUACUUUGUUACAUUAUUUUGAGUGCAUUCUUCUAUUUAUUAGUUGAUUAUAAUUUUGGAGGUUGAAUUUUACAGUGACCUCGAUACCUGCACCUUUCUCCCUGUUGAGUGCCAUCAUCAUAAGAAUUAUUUUAUACUGUAUUCUUGUAUGUUUUCCCUCUGUUAAUAGAUAUCAGAUUUUACAUUUAUAAGAUAUUACUCAUAGGUCACAGUCAGGCUUUUCCCUCAAAUACGCGCACCAUCUAUUACUAAGGGUAAGUGGAGUCCAUCUUUCCACUUUCCCUAUUAGCUAUUCACACUUCAUGGUAAUCUGGUUGUCCAAUCUCUGUAGAGUGUACUUUCCAGGUUCUCUCUUAGAGACCAUCUUGUUUACCAAGUUAGGCACGUUAAACAUUACGGUCACAUAUGAUAUGUUUCAAGCCCCGGUACGGGGACAGAGAACUAACCUUUAGGUUCAGGCGCUGGUCCAGGGGGGAUAACAUCACAGCUGUCAUACUAUCCCGACCUCAAUUUCAACAAUGUUCAACUGUCACCCACCAUCAACAUACGUCCGACAAAAUCCUGGCAUUUACCGAACCGGGUUAUGGAUUUAUGUUACUCGCACAGUCACUAUUCCAUCACACUCGUUCCAUGAAUACCAAAACAACUUACGUCAGGGCAUUAACAGGUUUUAGUAGGUUAAGUUUGAGCUUCCCUCCACAGGAAAUCACUACAUCGAGACCAUGAUGACUUUUGGGCCUUUCUAUCAUUUACAAAAUAACACAUAACACCAUUAAUACUUACCUUCCAGGAAUACUACAUCACUACCUCAAUACUUUUCCCAAUCAUACUCCCUUUCUUUCCUCAUAAUCCAUUACAACAAUCUCCUAAGGCAUCACAAAGAGACCGCUCUCUUUCAUCCAUUAGACUACCCCUAACCGAACAUAUAUUCAGGAGUCUACCCGAUUUAUCGGAUACCAAACCAUUCGAUAGUAAAGACAAUUAUGCACUAACAAUUAUAUUGCCUUUCACAGUUUCUCAAGACCCAGAGAAAUCACAGUGGUACACCAUAUGAAGUCAACUCCGACCUUGUCAAACACAUCGACCCCUACAUUCUCAUUUCCAAACUAACCAGAUCAACCAUCCAACCACAUAUCACUGUUCCCGACAGACAACAACGGGACCCCUGUUAAUACUAGAUACACAAAUACCUACACGCAACAGCUUCUAAUCUGUUGCAGUUACUUUACAGGCAUCCACUCAUCCCAGUCCACAUCAUUAAAUUGAAAAGAAGGUUAUCCAUGUAUUCUGUACUUAGAUUCCGCUUCAUGAAUAGAGCUCAGGGAAUCAUUCAAAGUUUAUCGAAAUUCAUCUUUGUAAGCAUGCUAAAGGGUGUUCUUCACUGAUACCUUUUUGGCCCUUUUUAUACAGGCCUACACGUACGCAACGCAAUCUCACCUGCUUACCUGUGACGUUUUCCGUUCAAGUGACUUCACCCACCGCUCCCUUAAAUUAAUUCCACUAUUACACCCCAUUUCCUUGAUUCGCCCUCUUUAUACAGGCCUACCUGUACGUUGGUAUCAGCACAACACUACCAACUUACCACUCCUUCUACUGUCCCGUUUACGAUUCAGUUCCGACCACAAAUAUAGAAUAUCUGAGAUGUGUGUAUAUAGAAUGGAAGCACUGCAUGUAUAUAGAAUGUAUAUCAAACAAAGGAAAAUUGUACAUUGGAAGGUACUCUCUGCAGAAGUUUGAAACUUGAAAUAUUCACAUGACAAAUCGCCACUAUGGCGUUCUUUAAUCAACAUGUACAUUUAAAGCCCCCACCUUAUGGUUUGGCGAACUGACAAUCUGUCUUCCAAAUCAAAUACUGGGUAAAUGCUGGGAAUCCUGACCAAAAACGUAAUCACUGCUCGUUUAUUGUUAGAUUCAAUAAAAUAUCACAUCGACAUACAGCGGUUAAACACUCCAACAUCGAUAGGACACGGUGCGCGUUCUGUGUGCAAAGCAAUUUGUCAAGACUAAACAAGUUAAAGCCUUAUAUAUUCCACAACUACUGCUUUAUAACUUCCAUCUGAACUUUGCAUCAGACAGUAAAACGUUGCACCUAAUGUAAAAACUAUAAUGGGAAAAUAAAUAAAUUAACCAAAAUAAUCACUUCAAUAAAUAAAACAUCACAUCAUUGAGAUCAAGGGGUGCCCCAAUAGCUCAGGUAGAUGUAGAUAUACAUUGGGUGACAAUAAGGAUUUUCCACCACUGUUUAGUCUUUUUGGUUGCAUUACGUUGUCUUUACGUUUCCCAGUUUGGGCCAUGCUUCCCCUAUCUCUGGCUAGCGGUAUUGUCACUUUUCCAGGUACGAACUAUAAUGCCAAGUUUUAUAACACAAUGGUUUGUUUAACAAAUUCACAUUCUCGGGUGAGGAUUUACCUGAACAGUUCCGCUAUCAAGUGAGGAGAGAAGCGAGGGUUUAACUUAUUUAGUGUAUUAGGAGCCUUUAACCAUUGAAUGUCAAAGUGAAGUUUUAUUGAAGCUAGCAAUAAAGGAUUUUUUUUUUACACCAGAACGAGCAGUAAAGUUUACCUCAGGGUUACCCGCUGCAUGUACACAAAAUGUAUAUGCUGCAUCUACACAGAAUGUAUAUACUGCUUGUAUAAUGUAUAUAGAAUGUAACUGAUUGGCCACAACAUUAAAACCACCAGUCUAAUAACCUGUAGGUUCCCCUUGUGCUGCCAAAACAGUUUGGAUGCUUUGCAACCCCUGAAAGUGUCCUGUGAAAUGGGGCCACUCUGACGGCAAAGCAGCCCAUAGACAGCAAAUUGCGAUGCACUGUAUUCUGGCAUCUAUCUAUCAUGGUCAGCAUUAAAGGGACACUCCAGGCCCCUAAAGCACUUCUCGCUAAAAAGCUUUGUGUCUGAAAAUUGUGUCUUCUUUUUUUCAUUUUGGAAAUAGUAAACAAUAGAAAUUAUACUGGUUACACCUCCUUGGCUUUUAAAGCAGUCAAAGGCUCCUGUUACUUCCUGUUAUGGUUAGCUUAUUUCCAUUGAAGUCAAUAGGCAGCAAUUGCCCAGAGCACCUGACUGAGGGACACUUCUCAAUGAGCUGCAUUGGGAAGACUGUGAUUGCACAGCCACAGAAAGUAUGGGCGGGGUUAGAAGGAGAGGACUAGCAAAAGCUGCAGACAAGAGUUCUGCAGUUUUUUCAAGCUGUUUUAUGUAUACCUGCUGAAAGGUAAGUUCUAUCCUAAGUGACUCGGUCCAACUUAGGCGUUCUCUGGUCUCCGUUGUUGGCUGAAUUCAGGGAAGAACGAUGGAGCAAAAUGAAACACGCACACAGUUUGCUUUUCCAAAGAUCUUCAAGUGUAUUAUAAAAAGGAUGGCAUAUUUAUACAGUAUUGAUCAUGAACGUUGACAUACAUUGGUCAAAAUAAAAGCGGAAAUAGCUGAUUUUUGCAGAAGACCACAUUUCUUGUGGUCAAGCAUGUCUUAUUUUCCAUGAUACUUUUCUUGGAAGCAUCAGGUCAACGUUACUUUGCGGAUGCGUCUGUUGAUUCAAAAGCAGAAGUGAUAAAUCAAAAAUAACCUGUGGUUUGUCUAGUUUUUAGCUCUUGUGUAAAUCUUAAGAAAGAGAAUAUAAUAUCAGAAAUUAUAGAUGAGAAUCAUUAACCCCUUCCCUUCACCUACUAAACUCUUCUGUGAGAUCGGACCAGACUGACUAGCCUUUGCUACCGACGUGCAUCAUAGAAUGUAAAGGCAGAUAAGAACCAUUCAGCCCAUCUAGUCUGCCCAAUUUUCUAAAUACUUUCAUUAGUCCCUGGCCUUAUCUUAUAGUUAGGAUAGCCUUAUGCCUAUCCAGGGACGUAUUAGCCGCGAGGCAAACAAGGCAUUUGCCUUGGGCGGCAUUUUUCAGGGGGCGGCAAAAAACGCCGCCCCCCAAAUGCCCAGGGCAGAUGCCUUGUUAGCCUUGCAGCGAACUGACAUCCCGGGCGGCCGGCGAGGGGCACUUCCCAUGAGCUGACUGCUCAGCUCCCUCGCGCACCGCAAAGUGAGGCUGGGAGCCGGAAGAUGACGUCAUAUUCCGGCUCCCAGCCUCACUCUGCAGCCGACGCGCGAGGGAGCUGAGCAGUCAGCUCAUGGGAAGUGCUCCCUCGCCAGCCGCCCGCCGCCCGCCCUGCCAGCGCCGCCCGCCCUGCCAGCGCCGCCCGCCCUGCAGCCACUGGACCACCAGGGAGAGAGACCCCCCCCCCCAGCACUCCCAAAGGUAAGGAGGUUGGGGGGGGAUUUAAAUUUAAAAAAAAGUUAAUGUGUGUGUGUGUUUGUGUCUGACUGUGUGUGUUUGUGAGUGUGUGUUUGUGUCUGUGUUUGUGUCUGUGUAUGUGUCUGACUGUAUGUGUGUGUGUUUGUGUCUGUGUAUGUGUCUGACUGUGUGUGUCUGUGUAUGUGUCUGACUGUGUGUGUGUGUGUGUGUGUGUUGUCACUGUGUGUGUGUAUGUGACUGUGUGUGUUGUGUGUGUGUUUGUUUGUGUGUGUACCGACUUCGUGUGUGUGUGUGUGUCUGACUGUGUGUGUGUUUGUGUCUGACUGUGUAUGUGUGUGUGUGUGUGUUCUGACUGUGUGUGUGUGUGUUUUGUGUCUGACUGUGUGUGUAUGUGUCUGACUGUGUGUGUGUGUUUGUGUAUGUGUCUGACUGUGUGUGUGUGUGUUUGUGUAUGUGUCUGACUGUGUGUGUGUGUUUGUGUCUGACUGUGUGUGUGUGUAUUUAGAAGGUGGGGCGGGGGAAGGGUUGGGUGGGGGUGGCGCGGGGGGAGGGGGGCGCCUGAGUUUUGUCCUGCCUAGGGCAGCACAAAACCAGGAUACACCACUGUGCCUAUCCCACGCAUGCUUAAACUCCUUUACUGUGUUAACCUCUACCACUUUAGCUGGAAUGCUAUUCCAUGCAUCCACUACCCUCAUUAUUCUUGGACACCCAUGACCCUGAUGGGGGUUCCCCAGUUGUCCUUCCUUGUAACAUUUUUGGUAAGUAUUAACCACUGCAUACCAGGAACAUCCCACAAGACCACUCAUUUUGUAGAUACUCUGACCGAGUGGUCUAGCCAUCACUGUUUGGCCAUUAUCAAAGUCACAUAUCUUUUCACUUCCCCAUUUUUCCUGCUUACAACUGACUCUUCAUCCUGCCUGAUAUAUUGCACCCCAUGACAGGUGCCAUUGUAACAAUAUAAUCAAUGUUAUUCACUUCACCAGCCAGUGGUUUUGAUAUUGUGGCUUGCUGUAUAAAGAAUGUACGUGAUAAAUGCAGAAUUGGAAAUUAGGGAACUAUCUUCUUAAAUGCUGUUCAGCUGUUCAGUAGAUAGGUCACUAAUUUGGCACUCUCAUGUGAGAUUGCAAUAUUUAAGGAUACCAAAUUAUUGUGAUGUUUAGCAGAUAGUUCCCUUAUUUGGUAUCCUUAAAAAUGACAAUCCCACAUAAGGAUACCAAAUUAGAGAGUUAUCUUAUAAAACAGCUGAAAUAUCAAAAUUGAGCUCUGUUUAGUAAAUAGCUCCUUAACUACAUGUGUUUAUUAGAUACCUUAUUGUGUAUUUUUUCCCAUUGGUGGUAUAACUAAACACAGCUUGUAAAAGCUGCAGAUCUCUUGUCUGCAGCCUUUGCAAGCCCUCCCCUUCUAAACCCACCCAGUUUGUGGCUGUCCAAUCACAUACUUCCCAAUGCAGCGCAAUGAGUAGUCUUCACAAGGCAGGUGCUCUGGGCAAUUGCUGCCUCUUAAGUUUAUCUCCAAUGAGCUAUACAAACCAGGAAAUAACAGGACCGGCUGUAUGAUUGACAGCCAGAGGAAUGUAACAAGGUUAAUUUACAAAAGUGUAACAUUCUAUUGAAAUCUGCAGUUUUUGCUAAAUGAAGAAAAGAGGACACACUCUUCACACAUAAAGCAUUUCAGCAAGAUAAGUAGUAUCUUAAAACCGAAACCCUUAAUGUUUAAUUUCAAGAUUUCCAGUAUCACAUUCAAUAAGUAUCUUCCUCACCCUCAGAUCGGGUUCACGAGGAGAUUGACCAAGUCAUUGGCAGAAUCAGAGCCCCAUGUAUCGAAGAUCGUUCACGUAUGCCGUACACAGAUGCAGUCAUUCAUGAGAUCCAGAGAUACAUUGACCUCUUACCUUUGGGAGUUCCUCAUAAAGUCACACGAGACAUUGAAUUUAUGGACUAUGUUAUUCCAAAGGUAAGUGUGUGAUCAUCACUUUGAUAGUUUUCAAGUGUCAUGCUGACCUACGGCCGACAGCUGGUUAUGUCAAGCUGAAUUUUUCAUAAUUACUGUAAAUAAAUGUUACAGUGUAAUGUAAACCAGGACUCUGUCUAAAGGUACCAGCUUAUUUACCGAGUGGUAUCUGCAGUUGUUUUAAACAUUUGUGUACCUUGUUAAUUUGGAAACAAAAAAGAAGUCAAAACAAUCUCUAAAAAGUUAAUACAAACUCAACAUUUCUGCAAAUUGUAAUCCGCAGAUAUUAUGUAUGUACUAAACUUAACUGUAAAUGUGACAUGAACGUGUGUUCUGGCACCAUUUCAGGCCAUUCAUUAGUCAUUUCUCAGAGCCUUAAUUGUCAAUCUUGACUCGUUAAACUUUGACCACACUAUCGGGACAACAAUUCUAGAGUUUUAAAACGAAUCUGACUUCUAGAAAAUCAAAAUGUUCAAUAAACAAUGGCUUCUCUAUGCAGCUGACUGAGAGUCAGAAAAUAAAAAAAAAGUGGCUCUUAUAAAGCAAGGGAGGUUCUAAAAAGAUAUAUAAAUGUUUUCUGAUCGUAGUUUCCACUGUCUGAAAUGUCAUCAAGAAAUUUAAGACAUGUAGUAAUAAACAAGUAGAACUAUGCAUUUUUGAAAAAUCAUGGUCGGUUCCAGGGUCAAAACAAUUCAAAUAGGUGGAAGUGGAGGUCUUCCACGAAGGACCCACAAAGAAUACCAAGUGGUAAAUUGAAAGUUCCAGAACUAAGGGUGUUUAUUGGGAGUCUUGAGACUAAAAAAAAAAUAAAAAUAGGGAAUCCCUAUUGUGAUCAAUUUGGAUGUCCAUCCAAGCCGAUUAAGUAAGCACUAUCAUUUUAUACACAUUCCCUAACGUAGGUUAUUUUUCUAUAAUAAAUCUAUUAUUUUCCAACCAUUAAAUAUUUUUUUCAGCCUAACACAUGAUAUUAUGUCUGAAUAUUGCUCUAAAUCAAGGUUCUCUCUCCAAUUCUCAGGAUACCACUGUCUAUCCAUUGCUUAGCUCAGUCCUGCAGGACCCCAAGCAGUUUAAAUAUCCACAUGAAUUCAACCCGGGCCAUUUCCUGGAUAACGAGGGGAAAUUCUUCAAAAAUGAUGCCUUCAUGCCAUUUUCCUCAGGUAUUCGUUUUUUCCAAAAACAUGAUUUGAUACAGUUACAUGUUAUAGUAUAGGUUUCUAGUUAGAUUGACAUCAUACAGGUCAAAUUCGGCCAGUCACUAAUGGCUUAAAGGGUUACUACCACAUCAUUGGGAGUCGGGCGGCAGGUGACCUUAAACACUAAAUCAUUAAACUAUAAUAAUAAGGUCUCUGUUUAAUAGUGAUGGAUAAACUUUCGAAGUGAUUUAAUAUUUUUUUAAACCCUUUUAAAAUUAUUAUAAUAUUUUAAUGUUGUAAUAUUGUGUUAUUUUCCAAUACAUUUAUAUAUAUUUUUUAUAUUUGAUAUAUUUUUAGAUUUUAAUAUGUUGAACAAAUGAUUUGAAAAAGUUUAUUCAAAACUGUGAAAUCAUUUUGAAAACUUAUCCAAAAAUUUUAUAUCUGAGCCCACGUUAGCUUCAACUAAGAUGCACUCCCUAUAAACAGAACGUAAAUCACGAGCAAUGAAUAUGAUUACGCUAGGGCAGCCUCAUGGGGAAACACAUAUUCAAAAUGGCAGAAAGAAAUCUUUAAAAAAAAUUGACACAACUCUUACUACUGGUUUGCUUUUACUUGUUAAAAUUAGUCUCAUAAAGCCAUUCUAUGCACAUUUAGAACAGUGGAAUAUGUUAAUAUAAAUAAAAAAUAUACUUAUACCAAUAGACAGUUACAGACUUGUAGAUCCUAGAUAAAAAAAUAAGUGUUGAGAACUGUAAGAAAGAUGACAAAACCAUGCACUUUGUAGACCAGCUUCAACAAACUUUAGGCUUCCAAUUUCACAACUAAAACUCAUAUCAACUCAAUAGUGAGAAAAUUAACUCAUUAAGGGCUUUUUGAAAAUAGUACUCCGAAUAAAGCGUGGUUCGCGUUCCAAAGAACCUACUGCUACCCAAAAUUCUAAUUAUAACUCAAAUGAAAUAGGGAAUCUCAGCACAGGGAAUACACCAGUACUGUCCACCUAGUUCAGACAUCAUUGGUCAGACAUCAAGUGGACGUUUAGUGACCAGAAUUGCCGUUUUCUCUCUGCUGUUACAGGAAAGCGGAUCUGUCUUGGAGAGGGCUUGGCUCGAAUGGAACUCUUUUUAUUUUUUACCACCAUCCUACAGAGCUUCACCAUGAGCUCCCCUGUGGCUAUGGAAGAUAUUGACCUCACCCCAGAACUGAGUGGAUUUGGGAACUGUCCCCGCGCCUACCAACUGUCCCUGAUAGCGCGCUAA